GACAAAAUCGAGUGGUGUAAAAAUGGAGGAUAGAGAGAAUGCGAAGAGAGUAGUGUUUGUGACUGUAGGAACAACGAGUUUCGACGCGCUUGUGAAAGCAGUGGUUAGUGAAGAUGUUAAAGACGAAUUGCAGAAGAGAGGAUUUACUCAUCUUCUCAUUCAAAUGGGUCGAGGAAUCUUUUUCCCAACUAAGUGUGAUGGAGCAGAUGGAUCAUUAGUCGUGGAUUACUUCACAUUUUCCUCGAGUAUCGCUGAUUAUAUUCGGUCUGCAUCUCUUGUUAUUAGUCACGCUGGAUCUGGAAGCAUAUUCGAGACACUAAAACUCGGGAAACCAUUGAUUGUGGUAGUGAAUGAAGAUCUGAUGGACAAUCAUCAAUGUGAAUUAGCUGAAGCACUUGAAGAGAGGAAGCACUUGUACUACACUCGUCCUCACACCCUUUAUCAAACCUUGAAGAAAAUGGAGUUGGAGUCUCUGGUUCGAUAUACUCCAGGGGAUGGAACUCCUGUUGCCCGCAUUAUCGACAGGUUCCUCGGAUUCCCUGAUGAUUAACCAGACAUAUGAAAACAAGUGCUUUGUCUUCAGAUUCAACUAACCGGUGCUUUUGCCUUUGGACAUUGUGUUGUGUCAUAGAUUCAUAUUUAUUAAUAGCACAGCUUUUUCUGAUGUUUGAGAGGAUAAUCAAUUUUGUUUCAACCA